ACGUUGGCAGAGGGCAUGCUGGACAUCGCCCUGCUGAUGGCGAACGCGUCGCAGCUAAAGGCGGUUCUCGACGCCCCCGCGGCCAGCCAAGACAACUACUUCGUCCCGUCACUCGUCUUCUUGAGCGUGUCCAUCACGCUGCAGGUCGGGGUGUCGGUCAUCCUGCUCGUGCUGGGAACCCUGGAGCUGCGCACCAGACAGGCACGGAACAAGGCGGAUGUCCUAAACAACGUGUCGGUGGGGCUCAUUCUGGCGAUCAUCAUUCUGAAUGUGUUCAUCGCGUCCUUCGGAAUCAGAUUCUCUGGAUCCACGUAGUACUUUGUCUAGUGGAUAUAUUCAUGACAUUUCAGUGUUAUAACCAAGGUCAUAAUCUGAUGUUAU